AUGAAGCUGCCAGCUGGGCCGUUCAGUGAACGCGCCUCCCUCUUCCUGAGUGGCUUUUCCACUUUUUGUAGCAACACUGAAAAGGAGCGUCUGCUGAGUGAUUUUAAUCGGCCUCAGCCCAGUCCCCGGGUCAGGACCUCCAGUGCGCACAGGAGCGGGAGCCACGCUCGGGAUUUAGACUACCUCAGCCAGUAUCUGCGCCCCCGGCUGUGCACGCUGGGAAAAGGGGACAACGGCUACGGGUUUCACCUCCACGGAGAGAAAGGUAAGACGGGACAGUUCAUCCGGUUAGUGGAGCCCGACAGCCCUGCCGAAACCUCGGGGCUCCGCGCCGGAGAUCGGCUAGUAUACGUGAACGGGGAGGACGUGGAGAACGAGAGCCACCAGCAAGUCGUGUCCCGGAUACGAGCCACUAUGGGCCGGUUGGAGCUCAUAGUGGUGGACCCGGACACGGAGCAGCUGCUGAAGAAACACAACUUGAAGUGCCUGAAAGCGUUUGUUACCGACGGGGUCCCGCUACCCUUCGACGAGGAGGAAAAGGAGGAGGAGGACGAGGAGGAGGAGGAGGAGAAGAAGAAGGAGGAAGAGGAGGAGGUGGUGGUAGUGUUGGAGGAAAAGGAGGAGGAGGAGGAUGGAGAAAUGAACGGGACAGAAAACGGAGAUGAGCCGCGAGUGGAGGAGGAGGAGGAGGAGGAGGUGGUGAAGCAGGAAGAGACACCUGAGGAGACAACCGAGGAGACGCCUGAGGAGACACCCAGAGUCACGCCUGUACCAGAGAGUAACGGAGAAAUCCACGGACACGUGGAGAAGAAGCUGAGCAUCAGCUCCGAGAAGGAGGUGCACGCUGAACUGCGACCACGUCUCUGUGUGAUCCAGCGAGGCACCAACGGAUAUGGCUUCAACCUGCACAGCGAGCGGGGACGGCCGGGACAGUACAUCAGAGCUGUGGAUGAAGACUCUCCAGCAGAGAGGGCAGGCCUGCAGCCCAAGGACAGGAUAAUAGAGGUGAACAAUGUGUCGGUGGAGGGUAAGACGCAUUCAGACGUCGUUGCUGCCAUUAAAGCAGGCGGUCAGGAGACCCGGCUGCUGGUGGUGGACCCCGACACAGACACCUUCUUCAAGAGGUGCCGGGUGGCCCCCACCACUGAGCACCUGACUGGUCCGCUGCCAGAGCCCAUCAUUAAUGGAGGAAUGGAAGAGAAGGUGAAUGGCAGAACAGCAAAAGAAGCGGCGCGAGACUCGAGGCUGUCAGUCAGUCCCUCUCCAUCCAACGCCUCCUCCAAUGCCUCGCUCACAACCCCAACCGCAAACACCCCGCCUGAGGGCGCAAUCACAGAUGCCAUCCCAGCUCUCAACAUGACACUGCAGCAGGUCAAAGAGCUCGCCCACCAGAAACGCUCCAACAAGAGAGCCCCGCCCAUGGACUGGACCAAGAAAAACGAACUCUUCAGCAAUCUAUAGGGCACAUCACCUCACCUGACACACAGACACACAAACACAAUCCCCACCCCACCCCCCGCUCCACUUCACUUCACUUCACUUUCUUUUUUUCUUUUUUUGGGGGGGGGGGAUUCCUUCAGACCCUUUUUUUUUUAUUAUUAUUAUUAUGUUAAAGAGAAAUUCCAGCCAUCGGAUAAAUUAUUCCUUUUAUUAUUACUCCUCAUGUUAUUAUAACCCAGAUAUUAUGCUACAUAAUGUCCUACUAACAAGAAAAGUGCAUAUGCCGAUGAACUGAGAGAACUGGAGCAUGAUAAAGUGAUGGUUUUCUGAGCGUAUGUGGAUCCUGACAGUCCCUGCUCACCAGAGUCCGGAGCCACGAAGGAGUGCUUAGAUUAACGAGCCGCUCCUCUGUCUCCUUAUCAGCCUUUUAAAAGUUUUAACUAACCUUUAAAACACUGAAGUGUCUUCUGAUAAAACAGCGUGACAAUCAAUACAUUUCUCUCUGUCGUUUGUGGGGAGCAAACCUCUGACAGAAGACUGAGUUGAUCUACUUUUCAUGUCCUUUGUUUCACUGGAUUUCUUUUCUGUUCUCUGAUUAACUUUUUUAUUUUCUUUUAGAGAGAGCUCACCUUAGAGCGCUUUCUUCCUGAAUAUCCUUCUAUGUUGGGAAAUGCUUACUGAUGCCUUUUAAAACUGGAAAUUGCUGUAUUUUAAAGUGUGUUCUAUUAUAAUAUAUGUACAUAUAUCAUAUAGCAUGUAUAUUUUUUACACAUGAGUUAAAUUCCACUGUGUAAUGAAUGUGGUCUCAACUUUAACCCUUUGUUGCAACAGUGUCCUCUGCCACUCAACCAUCAUCUUUUAUAAAAUGUGAACUCCAGCAUAUUAUUAGUAUAACUUAUAACGCCCUUAUAACCAUUAUUGUUACUGUGAAUGGCUGCUUACACACAGUUCACAUUUUUAGCAUACUGAAUAGAUUUAUUGCUUCAACAGAAAUUAGAAAUUGUGAGAUUUAUUUUUUUUUUUUUACUUAUUUUUUGUGUUAAGAGCUAUAAUUAUGUAGGGUUUGGAUGAUGUUCAUAAGAAGGAGUAUCUGUGUUUCUUUAGAUUGUAUGCAUUUGUCCAGUAUUGAUAAAGGCUAUCAUUUCAUUGAAUUAUAUGAAGAGUUUUUGUAGUUUUGUGUAAGCAGUAAGAGAUUUCUACUCUGUAAUGCGUCGAUCAUCGCAGCAUUAUCCUGUUAUCUGAGAAUAAAUAAAAGUACUAUACAGUG